AUGGCUAUGCAAACUAGGGAGCAACAUAUCCGUAGACACAAGGCCACCAACAACAUUUGCACUGCUCAGGCACUGCUUGCAAACAUGGCUACUAUGUAUGUUGUAUAUCAUGGAUCUGAAGGCCUUAAAGCCAUUGCAAAAAGGGUUCAUGGUCUUGCCGGUGUGUUUGCUCUGGGAUUAAAGAAACUUGGAUUCAAAGUUCAGGAUCUUGGCUUCUUUGACAAUGUGAAGGUUAAAACUUCAAAUGCCAAAGCAAUUUUAGAUGCUGCUAUCAAAAGUGAAAUCAAUUUGCGUGUUGUAGAUGGAAACAUUAUCACCGCUGCUUUUGACGAAACAACCACGUUAGAGGAUGUUGAUAAGCUUUUCAAAGUUUUCACUGGUGGCAAGCCUGUCUCAUUCACAGUGACAUCUCUUGCACCAGAAUUUCAAAAUGCAAUUCCUUCUGGAUUAUUUAGGGAGAGUCCCUAUUUGACACACCCUAUCUUUCACACGUACCAAACUGAGCAUGAGUUGCUGAGAUACAUUCAUAGGUUACAAUCAAAAGAUCUCUCAUUUUGCCACAGUAUGAUCCCACUUGGAUCUUGUACAAUAAAGUUGAAUGCAACAACUGAAAUGAUGCAUGUGACAUGGCCUAGCUUUACUGAUUUGCACCCUUUCACACCAAUUGAACAGGCUCAAGGUUAUCAGGAAAUGUUCGACAACUUGGGUGAUCUGUUGUGUACCAUUACUGGAUUUGACUCCUUCUCUUUGCAACCAAAUGCCGGUGCUGCUGGAGAAUACGCCGGGCUCAUGGUUAUUCGUGCAUAUCAUUUGGUAUGGUAG